AAUGUAAUCCUAAGCAAUUUAUCUUGCAUCUUUCCAGUUAAAAACAAUGCUGAAGUUGUUUCUGAAUCAUUUCUAAGAAUAGCGGCGGACAUGUUUAUACGUAACUUUGUUUAUUGUCCAGACGAGGAUUCCGGGAAAUAUCCCGGGGGGAAAUUACCCGUGUUCGUCUCAAAUUUAUGAUCAUUUGCUCGGAGAAUCUUGUUGUUGUCCAGCUGCAUCGUCUUGGUUGCAGGAUAUAGACCCCGGCGAGGCAUGGCUUCUUCAUCAGCAGGUGUCCAUUUUGAAAAGUCUUACCUGGCAACCGUGGGCAUCGACUUCGGGACAACGUAUAGUGGAUUUGCGUUCUCAUUCAACAAGGAGCAAGGUGAUGACUCGAUUUUUAUGAACAGAGACUGGGUGAAUGAACAAGGCCAUCGAACAAGCAAGACACCCACAUGCCUGCUACUUAAACCAGACCAGUCAUUCGACUCGUUUGGAUACAAAGCGGUAGAGAAGUAUGCAAAUCUGAGGAGCGUUUAUGAAGAGAAAGAGUUCUUGUUUUUCCAGCAUUUCAAGAUGUCAUUGCAUAACGAAGAGAACAUAGACUUGAGAGCCGUCCUUUAUGACGUCAAUGGAAAACGUGCUGAGGCCAAGACAGUGUUUGCACACUCCAUCAGGUUUCUAAUGGACGAGGCAGUUAAUUUCAUUCGCCUCGAAACGAGAGAUGAUGGAUUUAAAGCGGAUGAUAUCCAGUGGGUUUUAACUGUUCCCGCCAUAUGGACUCCAGGAGCAAAGCAAUUCAUGAGAGAAGCAGCUUACGAAGCUGGUUUUGUGUCACGUGACAGACCGGGGCAGUUGGUAAUUGCUUUGGAACCUGAAGCAGCCGCGAUAUUCUGUACAGAGAGAAAAAUGGGCGCAAUACAGUCUCUUGAGAGACUCAGUGUAUCCGUGGAUGGACUUCUGUCCCAGUUGAAUGCACAAUACAUGGUUGUCGACAUUGGAGGAGGAACUCUUGAUGUAACAGUUCAUGAAAAACAAGAUGAUGGUAGCAUUAAGGAAAUCCAUAAGGUAACAGGUGGACCGUAUGGCGGUAUGAAAGUAAAUCAUCAAUUCGAAGGACUUCUGGAUGAGCUCUUUAGUGCCGAGAAGCUGUAUGAGUAUCGCAAACUGUUCCCGUCUGAUUGGCUGCGUUUGAUAGGCGACUUUGAAGACAAGAAACGUGGGCCACGGGCUCUGGAAAAUAAAGAAACAAGAAUCCGCCUGCCACAGAGUUUCAAUUCCUCUGUCCCUGAAAUUCUUCUCCAUUCUAUGAAGCGUUACGGAGAAGAAGUUAAAAUCAUUAAAAAUGAAUAUCUAUGCCUAAGUCCGAGGGUCAUGAAAAAGCAGUUUGAGCCUGUUUUGGAAGCCAUGAAAGAUCAUUUAGCUGUUCUACUAAGCAAGCCGGAACUUUCGAGGGUGAAGGUAAUGCUCCUUGUUGGAGGAUUUGCAGAAUCUUCUCUUCUUCAACAAGAAAUAAAGAACGAGUUUGCUGACAGGUGCCGUGUGAUUGUACCACGUGAUGCAGCGAAGGCAGUCGUUCAGGGUGCCGUGAUGUUCGGUAAAAUGCCCAACAAAAUUACGGAAAGAGUCGUCGCCACGACAUACGGUUGUGCCUGCUCUCGAGACUUCAUCGAGGGUGUUCACCCAAAUGAAAAGAAAUUCGUGGCGGAUGGCAUCGAAAAAUGUCGUGAUCUAUUCUCUUGCUUCGUGAAAGAAAAUGAAGUGGUGAAGGUUGGUCAAAGAAUUCGACAAGUGUUUCAUCCUGUGUACGCCAACGACACAGAAAUAAAGUUUGGAUUCUACACGUCACUCACCACCAACCCUCAGUUUGUCACAGACCCCGGGUUAACCAAAAUUGGAAGCCUGAAGGUUCAGUCCCCUGACACGCAAAGAGGGCGUGACAGAGAAAUAGAGGCGAGCUUGUAUUUUGGUGGAACAGAAAUAACCGUCACGGCUUUGGAUGUCACAAGCGGAAAUGUAGAACAAACUACACUUGACUUUUUCUGUAAUUUGUAAACACUCAGCGAACAUUUGGCUUGGGCCAUUUGGACAUGGUUUGACUUUAGGAACAGUUUUAGUGUUUACAUUUUCACGUAAAGGUGUCAGGUCUUUAAAGCGGCUUGUCUCCAGGCAAGUGACAUUUUCAAGUUUUCGGCAAUGAGUGAACAAAUUCAGUAGCAACCUUUUGCUUAAUUUUUUUUUUUUUGCUAAAGUGAUGGUUUAACUUUAAUAUAUUAUUUUUUCUUGAGAACGUUUUGUUUCUCAAAUUGAAAUUUAAAACAAAAGGCAGUUUUGAGUCAUGACUAUACACACUAUAUAUUACUUAGGAAGAAAAGACGAUGUUAAAAAAAUCAGAUAAGUUUAUUAUACUACGUAGACCUGUUAAAAUAGAGAGCAUUUAACUAUGCUUAUUUCAAGAAAAUAUGAGUAACCUGGAAAACGCAACAGGAAUGUUGUCCUGUUGAUGUAAAUUUUGUUGCACUGGUGUUAACGCAACAUAAUUACUCCGGGCAGUACAUGUAAGUCGAGAAGUUUAUUACACCUCAUAACUAUGCUCGAUAAGUAACGGCUUUUUUUCAGAGUCAAAUUCAUUUUCGACCCUUAGAAGUAACAAUUCUAAAUAAAACAUUAACUGUUCAGUAGUUUAUAUAUAUAUUUUUUUCAAAAUUCCGGAAAAAAGUGAAACAGGAAGGUGUGGCCUCCUCCUCUAAAGAAGAAGGUUAUUUUUAUUUUCUAUAGUAAUGGUACCAGUUAAAAAAUAAAAUUUGUUGAAAAAUAUUCACCUUUGUAAAUAGUUCCCUUAAUUUUAUGCGCGUAUUAAUUCAUAAUUAUUCAGUGUAAAUUCAAACGGAUGUUUUGAAUUUUUACCUUAACAAAGACCUUUAUUAUAAUUUCUUCUUUGUAUUGUUAUGCCAAUCUGAUGAGCUGCUAUAAAAUUGUAGUCAAACCUCUA